UAUUUGCCCAGCCCUAACUAUGGUGAUCUACGUAUUCACGUGACCAUUUAAUAACCUUCCUUUUGUUUGUUAAAUGGGAGUAUGGGACCAUCAUCUAAUAGUAUUUUUUUUUUCAUUUAGCAUUUGAUUAACAAACUAAUCAGAUUUUGAAGAAGAAAACGUUACGUCAAUGAUCCUAAAAUUAGCGUCUAUAUUAAGAUCUAGAACCACGACGAUCCUGCACGGACCGAUCACGAGUCUCUUGACGGUAAAUACGCCACGACUUCAGUCUCCUUCUAAACCAACGUGGCCGUAUAUGCACCAUACACGUGUCAUCUCAUUUCCACUCGAACGCGCGAGCUCUUUAAUCAUCUUUUUAAUUAAGUCUUCAUCUUCUGCUAUAAAUACUGAAGCAGUCACUUUUACUUAAUGCAUGUAGUCUAGUCACUCAGUAACUUCACUUUCUUGUCCUCUCACUUGAGCGCUCUCUUUCUCCAUUGCUCGAGUCUUGUGGUCAGUGAGAAAAAUCAUAAAUACAUAAAACCGCCGGAGAAAAAUGGGAAGAGCGCCGUGUUGCGAGAAGGUCGGGAUAAAGAGAGGGCGGUGGACGGCGGAGGAAGACCAGAUUCUCUCUAGCUACAUUCAGUCCAACGGUGAAGGCUCUUGGAGAUCUCUCCCCAAAAAUGCCGGAUUAAAAAGAUGUGGAAAAAGCUGUAGAUUGAGAUGGAUAAAUUAUCUUAGAUCAGAUCUCAAGCGCGGGAACAUAACUCUAGAAGAAGAAGAACUCGUUGUUAAAUUGCAUUCCACAUUGGGAAACAGGUGGUCACUAAUUGCUAGUCAUCUACCAGGGAGAACAGACAACGAAAUCAAAAACUAUUGGAACUCUCAUCUCCGCCGUAAACUCCACAACUUCAUCAUCAGGAAGCCAUCCAUCUCUCACAACGUCCCUGAUGUAGUCAUAAACGCUCCUCCAAGGUCACCGCGUCCGCCUACAAAACGCAGACCAGGGAGAACCAGCAGAUCCACCAUGAAACCUAAAACACACCACGCAAAUAUUCGAAAGAUGAAGAAAACGUCUGAACCGCCGGAACCAGAAGCCAGCGCAGCGGUUAAAGCAGGAGAAGAAACAUUAAUGAUGGAGUUAAACGGAGCCGAGGCUGAGCUAGGACCAUGCAACUACUAUGUAACCUGUCACGAAGGAGGAGCUUGUCGCAAUAAUAAUAAUAAUAACAGCAUUGAUGGCGAUAAAGGAGUUUCAUCCUUUGAUGAAGACAUCAUUGAUCUUUUGUUGGACGAAUCAGCUCCAAGCCACGUGUUGACAUCGUGUGGUGGUAAUGCAGAGUUGAAUCAUCUAGGAGACUCUGAAGAAGCCAAAAGGUCUUCGGAGAUUUUAAACCAAGAGAGUAUCGACUGUCUUCAGUCUUGUCCGUCGAUGGAGUCGUUUCUCAACUAUGAGCAUCAAGUCAACAAUAAUGCGUUCACGGAUGAGUUUAUUGAUUGGGACUGUGUUUGGCAACAAGGGGAUGACAAUAACAUUUUCGAUGAGAAAGAGGGUUCUGAUUCAAUGGUGUCGUGGCUUUUGGACGGUGAAGAUGAGGCCACGAUCGGGAAAAGUAAUUGCGAGAACUCUGGAGAACCACUGGAUCAUGACGAGGAAAAUGCGUUGGUCGCAUGGCUUCUCUCUUGAAUAUAUUUAUUUAUCUGUUAAGUUUGUAGUCCUUUUUUUUUGAGCACCGUAUUGUAUGUGAUGUCUUAUCAUCGACUUAUUAAGGUAUACUUUGUAUGGUUUGUUUUGAAAGUUUAUGUCUUGCCUUUUUCAUGUUAUUUAAUAAAGAGGUACAAAAUGUAGGUCUAUCCA